GAAAAUUUGUAUGGUACAGAUGUUCAUAUGAAAAAGGAACAUUUUUCUGAAUCACACCAACAUAAUCAUUCCUUGAUCCUUUGAGAAAACAAAUCCAUACUUUUAUGAAAAGUUUGUGGUUGUGUAUGGGUUUGCAUACUUCGAAGUGUUGGGCCGUGUUCCAUUCUUUACCUUAUGACGUGCUUCAUUAUCGUCUGCUCAUAUUUUAUUCGUUCAUUCAACCAUAACAGUGUUUGUUAAGGGUUAACACAUGUACGAUGGUCACGGUAUAUGGUGGAUGGCAUGUAUGGACUUGGUGCGGCACCGACUAGCACUGGAAUUGUACAAAUUAAGAGAUUAUACCUGAAGCUGUAUUGUCAUGACAGGUGGAUUUGGGUUCGUUCAGUUGCCACAGGCAAGGGAGUUGAAGAUGACAAGCUGGGAUGCCUCUAUGUUAUAACAGUAGAGGGCAGUACAGGUAGCCAAGAUGAAUUCUAAUGGAAACUCGAAGAAAUCAACCCUGGAUAAAAAGAAGAACUUGAAGAAGAAAAAUUUGCGCAAGGUUGCUGGUUCCUAUGAGCUUGGCGAGGAUCAAGGUCUGGAGAAAUGGGCGGACUUGAAUGAUGGGAUUUUUUCUAUUGACCUCACUUUAUUUCAUAAAGAGUCGGAUGAAAAACCUCAUGAUGGGUCUGGAAAUGGAACAGCCUGUGGGAAUGAUCAUAUUCCAUCAGAACCUUACCUCCAUUCCAAGUUAUCAGAAAUGAAUGGCCUUGACAACUCUGGUUAUGAUCAUUCUGACCUUGACUUGAAGAGAAGAGUUGAUGAAGAACAAGCCAAUGGGACUCCUGGCUUGAAUGAGGAUGUAGAUGGGCCACACAAGCUUCAAACAGCGACGGAUUGUGUCUCCAGCACGCCACUUUGGAUCUGUAAACUGAUGAUAAGAUGGCCAGUGACUGUAUUUUUGGCAUUGUUGACGAUCCAAACUUCCUUCUUCAUUGUGACUGCUGCUCUCUAUUUUACGGAUUUCAACAUCUUUCCGACAGACUUUCGCACAAUUCCUGUGUCUCUACAUCAUGAUGAUUCUUAUCUGCGAGCUAUGGCCUGGAACAGACGAUAUGUCAGCCCCCCAGAUUUUGUACAGAGGUUUGUUGUUGACCGGUAUAAAGAUCAACCAGCAUGGAUCAGAGGAUUCCUAAAGGAGGUUGUCGAACUGUUCUACGAGAGCAAAAAUGGUAACAUCUUGACCCCUGAGGAUUUGAUGAUGAUCAGAGACAUCGAGGACACUUUGCUAAAUUUAAAACGAUAUAGUACAGAUUUCUGUCAGCUUGGUGCGUACGGAGAAUGUGUGAAACCUGUGUCGAUACUACGCUUCUUCGAUGGAACUUACAGCAGCGUAAAUGCGAUUUUCAAGGACGAGAAUUUCACCAAUAUUGGCAAAGUUGUUCAAAUGGCAGAAUCUCACCCAGAAACGAAAAGUGUGCUAGUGAAUCACUUGGCUAUUGACUCUGUUGUGAAAGAUGGGACGGCCAAUUCUGACAUCACAAGGAGUUACAUGUUCUUUGGUUGGCCAUUGAAUAUCAAUGAAGGUAGUUCUGUUAUGACAAGCAAAAUCAAUGAUUACAUGGACACAGAAUUCAAACAGACUAUUCAAAUGUUACAAGCGAAAUAUAAAGGCCGAAUUGGAUUCUACUUUUACCACGAGAGACUGUACUUCGACGACGUUCAGGCUCAAGCAUUUCAGGAUAUCUACCUCGCGUACGGAAGCCUGGCCUUUAUCUUGUGUUUCAUCCUCCUUCAUACACGGUCGUUAUGGAUAUCAUUUUGGGCAGUAUACAGUAUGGGCGGAUGCUUCUUUGCAACCAACCUCAUCUACCGAUAUAUCCUGGGGUUUAGUUAUUUUGGAUUUCUUCACAUAUUGUCGGUCUUUAUCAUUCUUGGUAUCGGAGCAGACGAUAUAUUUAUAUUUUAUGAUCUGUGGCGUGCUACUGGGCAUGCUCAGUAUCCAAGCCUCUUUCAUCGAUUCUCGCACUGUUAUCGACGAUCGGCAGGCGCGAUGUUUGCAACGUCAUUGACGACUAUGGUGGCAUUCUUCGUCAGUGGCAUCUCACCGUUACUCAUGGUGCAGUCGUUCGGAUUGUUCUCGGGAUUCCUCGUUUUGACAAACUACAUCUCUGUGAUAACAUUCUUCCCAUCUGUGAUAAUCGUUUAUCAUUUGAAAAUCAAAACGUGUUUAAAGCGAGUCUGUGAAUGUGGAUGUUGCCGUGGUGAUAAAUAUAUUAUUCAUAAUGACAGCAACACUAUAUGCCAUGAGAGUGACAGUGUUGACCAUGACAAAAUCAAAUGUGGCAAUGAUGAUGAUACAGGUUGCCAUGACAACAGCCGAGUUUGCCAUGACAACGUUAAAAGUGACCUUGACAUCAACAAAUAUUGUGACAAAAGUCUUGGUGCUUCUAACAAUCACAUUGAUGAGACAUCAACAAAACAGUCCUCAGCUGUCAAUGGAGUCAUCAAUCAAGGAUUUAAAUGUGAUGUUAUUUCUACCCAAGACAUCAGUGCGUCAGUUCAAAAUCCUGACAUGAAGACUGAUACUGCCACAGAAAAUACUUGGAAGAAGGCUGAUGCAAAUUGCAAUAAGAAGAAGGCUGAUGCAAAUUGCAGCGAGAUGAGCAGUUGGAUCUCCUGUGAUACUCCUUGUAAUGAAAUGUGCAAUAAUACCGCCAUUGAAACUCAUGAUACAUCAGUAGAGACACCUAUUGAUACAGGUGUUGCUGAAACAGUUGUUGGCGAUGCUGUUGUUGGGAUUGCAACUGGUUCUGUACCUACUGAUCUUGAUCGAGAUGCAGUGAGAUCUCAGUUGGAUGUUGGUGCUAUUGUGGCAGUGGGUGACACGUCCUCUAAGAAGCUUAGUGAGGCAGAGACUUCUGUUGAAAGUUCAAGAGGCCAGAGUGGACUUGGCCUAACACCUGAGUGUGGGAAAGGCACCUGUGACAUAGAUAAUGAUGAUAAAAACACUAUUAUAAGCGAUAAUGUUCUCAAGGACUGUAAAGGUUUGAAUGGUAAUAUUCCGAAAGAAACAGAAGUAAAACUUGGUGUUGAAACUUCAAACGAAAAUUGCGAAGAUUAUUAUCGAUCAUGUGGUUGUCGUUGGAAACGCCGGAAACACUUCCUGAUUCGGUUCUUUGAGGGUCCGUUCUACUGGAUGAUAAGUCACCGGGUCUUGAGAUGGUUCAUCUUGGUCGGAUUUGCUGCGAUGGUUGCCACGUUCUCCUAUUUUUGUACGAAGAUUGUUCCCGAUGAGGAAGAGAUACAAGCUUACAAUCCUCAAUCCAACUACGGCAAGUCAACGAGGAUGCGUCUCUAUAGCUUUAAGCUCACUGAGCGCGACCAGAUGUUACGGAUGUACAUCAUCUGGGGCCUGAAGAAGCAGAACGUUUCGUCAUGCAACUACUGGAACAUACAGAAUGUCACCAAUUGCAAAGGGCAGACGGAUUUUGAUGAAGAGUUUGACAUCAACAAGCCUGGAGGACAACUGGCAAUGAUGAGGCUGUGUGAGAGACUGUAUGAUCUGCCACGCGAGCGUCUGAAAGAGUUGAAGAUAAAAAUCAACGACACAACAGGGAGUCCGAUGAUCAACUGCUUUAUGCAUGAUAUUCAGAGAUAUUUCAAGGCCGUCUCGAAAAGCCAUCUCUCUUAUCCAAACACGGUGUUGCAACCACAACCCCUCAAUUUCUCCAUCCCGUUUGACGAAGAGCAGAUGACUCAGCUGAUGAAGCAACAUCCUGCUAUCUAUCGACCAUCACUUCUACCGGACAACUUCACCAAUUGGUUUGAGAUUGCACUUGGCUACUGGAUGACGAACAGGAUGACUCUAAAGAUCACUGAUGACUACAAGGUCUACAACCCCAUCCUUGGAGAGAAGAAAACAUCAGACUCUCAAAAAACCCAAGGAAUAGAUAUAUUCUAUGGAACAAAGAUGCACUUUGCGGCAGUCGUCAUAAGCACGUCCAUCAAUGCUCGUGCGCUUGGUUACCCUACUGGACUCCCUCUAUUUGAGAAAUGGGAGCAACUUGUCAGUGAAUUGAGAGCAGACUUGCCUGAAGGUGUAAACCACUGCUUCCUGGCCACUCCAGAAAUCAACAUCUACCACUGGUUGCGAGUUCAGCAGAGCCUGAGCAACCAGGCCCUCAUGGGCCUUGGUCUUGGCAUUGCACUCGCCUUCCCUGUCCUCGUGUUAGGUACACAGAACAUCAUUGUUGGAGUGUUAGCAACAUUGUCCAUCUCCCUCUCCACGAUAUGUGUUGUGGGAAUAAUAUCUGUCGCAGGUUGGGAGUUAGGGGUCCUGGAGUCUCUCAACUUGUGUAUUGUUGUCGGUCUGAGCAUAGACUACGAAGUCCACCUCGCCGAGGGCUUCUACUACUCCAACAAGACAUGCCGCAGGAAGCGUGUAAAGCAACUACUCGGAGAGGUUGGGAUAUCGGUACUCUCAGGAGCCAUGACCACACUCGGUGCUGCAACCUUCAUGCUGUUUGCAGAACUACAGUUCUACCUGCAAUUUGGGGUCUUCAUGUUUUGCACGAUUGGAUUUUCGAUAUUGUUCGGACUGGCUUUCUUCACGACCACACUGGCGUUGCUUGGUCCACAGAAUGACUGUGGCUCCCUCUCACCGAUAUGGAAGAAAAUGAAAUCGUGCUGCGGCGUCACUUGUGAGAAGAAAGAGAACUAAGGUGGAUUGUCGUCAUCACUUUCAUUGCACAUUCAACUGGUUUACUAAAAGAUCUCAAAAGGAAAUACAUUUAUCAUUAACCUCAGAAUAGUUAUAUUAGAUGGUGGAGGUUUCGAAUAUCUAAG